AUGGAAAAAACACCCAUUCCACCUUUCAAAACUGAACCUACAGAAACGGCACCUGGUCGUUGGGAACGCUGGCUAAAGCGUUUUGAUAAUUUCCUCAUCGCUAAGGCAAUUACCGACGAUGUAAGGAAACGGGCCAUGUUGCUUCACUUGGGCGGCGACGAUGUUUUUGAAAUAAGUGAAAGCCAUACUCUAGCAGAAGACACGUAUGCACAGACAAAAGAAAAACUGUCAGCUUAUUUUGCUCCAAAGAGGAACAUUGAAUACGAAAUAUUUAUGUUCAGACAAGCAACACAACAUCCCACUGAAGUGCUGGACAAAUACCAUGCUAGAUUGUGCCAGCUGGCAAAGAACUGUGAAUUUCACGACAAGGAUGCAGAGAUAAAAUCACAGAUAAUUCAGCGAUGCCAACUUAUCAAAGUCAGGAAUAAAGGAUUGAGCGAACCAACGCUAACUCUGAAAGAGUUACUUACUUUUGGCCGAACACUGGAAGCAACAAAUGUGCAAGCCAAAGCAAUGUCUGGAGGUGUGGAAGCUAAUGGAUAG